ACAAUCCGACUAAACACAACUAAUGAACGUAAUCUCAAGAUAAUAUACUCGCAGAGAUGUCUUAUUAAACAUCGAUUGAAAAAUAAUCAAUCAAAAAAAUACAAAUAUGUCAGCUUAUAUCACGCAUUACAAAACAAUAUAGCACUUGACGAAUUUGAUACAUGCUGAUAAUGUAAUCUCGUAAUAGAAACAUUUUGAUAACUCUGCUAUACAGAGUUCACUGUUCAGUCAAACUGACGCCAUUGUGACAGACGCGCGCCUUUUUUAUUUUUUUUUUUCUGCACAAAAUACAAAGCCAAAGACAGAAAAUCAUGUCGAUAUUAGUGACCGGCGGGGCGGGUUACGUCGGCUCUCACACCGUGAUCGCAUUGCUGGAAGAAAAAGACGUUGAUAUCAUAGUCGUUGACAACCUCAGCAACGCUUACAGAGGUGAUGGCGUCAAGAAACCGGAGCCGUUGUUGAGGAUAGAGGAGAUGACGGACAGACACAUACAUUUCUACGACAUCGACAUCAGAGAUAGGAACGGACUGGACAAAAUAUUUGAUAAUCAUAAAAUAGACUGCGUGAUACACUUUGCCGCGUUAAAAGCGGUGGGGGAGUCGGUCCAGAAGCCGCUGGAGUAUUACCAGGCCAACAUUAGCGGGACCUGCACCUUGCUGGAGUCAAUGCGAGCCCACAACGUCUACAAGCUGGUGUACAGCUCAUCCUGCACAGUCUACGGAGACCCGCAGAGGUUACCCCUGGAUGAGAACCACCCUACAGGUGGGGGCAUCACCAACCCUUACGGCAAGACCAAAUACUUCUGUGAGGAGAUAAUGAAAGAUCUGUGCAGCAGCGACCAGAACUGGAAGAUCGUAUCUCUCCGUUACUUCAAUCCCGUAGGAGCUCAUAUCAGCGGCAGGAUAGGUGAGGAUCCGACAGGACCUCCCAACAACCUGAUGCCUUAUAUAUCACAGGUGGCGGUGGGCCGUCUCCAGGAGUUGCAGGUGUUCGGCUCGGAUUAUCCGACUGUGGACGGGACAGGUGUGAGGGACUAUGUACAUGUAGUGGACCUUGCUGAUGGACACCUGCGAGCAGCUAAACUGUUCCACGACCAGAGCUUCAGAGGAUUCCAUGCUGUCAACCUGGGCACAGGUCAAGGCCAGUCCGUCCUCCAACUGGUGUCAUCCUUCGAGCGUGUGAGCGGGCGGCGGGUUCCUUAUCGAGUGGUGGGACGACGAGCUGGAGACGUCGCUGCCAACUACGCUGACGUAACCCUGGCCCGGACACUUCUCGGCUGGAAAGCCACCAGGAGCCUGGACCAGAUGUGCGAGGACACCUGGAGGUGGCAGGAGAAGAACCCUCGGGGGUACAGGGACUGAUCCCAUCACAUGCAGUACAACCAAACAUUCAAAUAAAAUGCACUAAAUGAAAAGGCUACUAAGUUAAUUUUUUUUUGUAUACGAAGUUAUAUAUAUCACUUUAUUUGCUAUUAAUCCGUGAAGUGACGCUGACAACAAAAUCCUUGUCAGUGAAUUUUAAACUGACUUACAAAACGCGUUUAGUAAUUUUAACACUAGCAUUUAUAUCAAUAGUAGUUAAAAUUUAAUUAUUAGUCAGCUGUAGUGUCGGCGAGCGUCACAGAUGUCUGUCACAUAAAGCAUUUAUAAUGUUACCAGUGUCGUAUGUAAUUAUAAUUUAUAUCAAAUUAAUUUAACCAAAGUCUGUACCAAAUAUAUAAAUAUAUAGUGGUGAUUAUUUUUUCUUGUUAUAUUAUUAAAACACAUAUUUUAGUACGACAUUUUAAUGUUAUUUUGCUUAUUUAUAAUGUGCCGUGCGUACAUCAUACGACUUUUUAUUUACACGCGUUAUGGCUGGAAACUUGCAUUAAACCAAAAUUGUUACCUUUAAUGUAAGUUUGUACAGAAAUGUAUUUCGUAUUUUUUAUUUCAAACGUUCCUAUGUGUUGCCAUAUUGUUACAUUUUAACGCUAAAAAUCAAAUUUAUUAAUUUAUUUUUAAUUGUAUCUUUAUUUAUUUAUUUAUCAUAAUGGCUGUGCUAAGUUUGUAUAGUAUAAUACAUGUUUUUCUUGCUGUCAUUCCAAAAAAUGCAUUUCGAUUUUUAAAGCAGUAAUAUAUAUUUUUAUUGUGCAGAAUACAAAUUUAACAAAUAAAUUGAAUCACUUUAUUA